ACAUUCAUUACAUUCACAUGUUUAUCUAGUCUUCACCAUGGACCACAAUAUGCCAGGGAUGAAUAUGACACCACCGGCGGCGGCCGGAGCUCCGGCGAACCAUGGAAACAUGGCCAUGACCCACAUGACUUUCUACUGGGGAAAGAACUCUGAGAUUCUCUUCUCCGGUUGGCCUGGGACAAGAACUGGUAUGUAUGUUCUUGUUCUUAUCCUAGUCUUCAUCGUUUCUGUUCUUGCAGAAUGGCUAUCUAACUGUCGCCUUAGCCGAUCUGGGUCCAAAAGUGUCUCCGCCGGCAUAGUCCAGACAAUCUCGUACGCGAUUCGUGUCGGUUUGGCUUACUUACUUAUGCUUGCUGUCAUGUCGUUUAAUGUUGGGGUUUUGAUCGUUGCGAUUGUUGGACAUGCGGUUGGAUUUCUUGUGUUUACUAGUAGGGUUUUUAGGGAUUCAUAUGAUAGUGAUAAGAUUUCUGGUGUUCAUACUCGUUUGGCUUGUUGAUUGAUUAUGUUGUUUUGCUUUUUGUUUGGAAAAAUAAAGUGUUUGUAAGAUAAUCUCAAUCUUUAUUUUGUUUUGUUUCUUUUUAUGCUUAUUUGGAUCUUGUUUUAAUUUGAGUUAUGGUUGUUAAUUUGUUAGAUUUAUUGAAGAUUCUUUUGUUUAUUGUCCACAUGUUCUAGAGAAUGGUGACUUUAAUGUUGUAUUUAAUUUUGUUA